AUGCCAAGAAAGUUUUUGGGAGAAAGAAUUGACAGAAAUGUGGAUGCGGUUAGACCAUCAUCACUAACGCUAUCACCAGACGACUUGAAGCAUAUACCAGUAAUACCAAGCGAUUUUACUGAUGAUGAUAGAGUCUUGAGUAACGGCAGUGGUGGAAAGAGGUUAUCUAGAAAGUUUGGCGGUACGAUGGUGCUGAAGAAAAGACUAGAGUCUGUUCCAGAAUUGUUCUUACACGACUUCAAGAAAAAACCACGUUCCAAACUUGACGUAAUUAAAGAAAGAGAUCCUAAAUACUCACCUGCUCCUAAAGCAUCAGCUAUGCCUAAGAUUGAUAGGGUACGGUUACAAGAGAGAAAAAGGGUGGGAUCGUCACCGAUUCAAAGAAAGGGACUGCGUAGGUCAGCAAUGCCACAAAUUACGGUGACGCGACCCAUAGAGCAUGAAGAACGCCCGGCUGAUAUUAUUAACAGGGUGUUUGUUUCGCAACCAGCCCCAAUUGUAAUGCCUGUACAGACUAUCACUCCGGUAGAUCCGGUGUCCGUAAUGCAAAAGCAAACACAACAUGGACAUGGGAGGAAUAAGUAUGGUAAAAGUAACAGCGAGAUAUUAUUUGAAGAAAUUCUGUCAGCUUAUGAAAAUACCCCUACAAAAAGUUCUACCGCACUAAACUCAGAAAUCGAUAGAAUUAUUGAUAUAUGCUCUUCCAAACACAUGGCUAAAAAUACAGAAGCGUUCCAAACAACGCAGAUUGCGUGUCCGUAUGAUACAGAGACUCUCUUUUCAUCAGCAACACCGAAACUAAAGCCUGUGCAUUUCAAUGCAUUGAACGACAUGAUUUCUAGCCCGGAAUAUUCCACAUCCGGCGGCAGCACCUAUUCUGAACAUUGGAGUUCAGGCGAAGAGCUGCCUGAAGUCGAAAGCAUAGCAUGGAACACCCGCAAAAGCGCAAUGAGAUCAUCCAUAGCGUCAGAGAGUACCAACGAGGAAGGCUAUUAUACUGCCGCUGAAACGUUGCCCUCAACGAUAUCGGUGGAAGACCUGGAUAUACACAAUGCACUGCCAGUACCUGCACAAAAACCACCGCAUACGGCUCUUCUAGACCGACUUCCAAUGAGAAGAUUAAAAAGAGUGACUCUCGAUUCUCCCAAGAUAAUGCAUAUGUUGGAUUCUGAUGAUGAUAGCGGUGAGCAUGAAGAGGAUAUGAUUUUACGCGCUUUACAAGAUAAAAUUGACAACAUUGAAAUCGCAAGUUGCAGCAGUAGUAUAUACAGCAGCUAA